AUGGACACCGCCAUGCGCACCACCAGCGUGCAACAACGCACCCCUACAAAGAAAACCAAACCCAGGAAGAAGAACACCCCUCACCCUGUCAAAGUAGUGUACAUAUCCAACCCCAUGAAAAUCAAAGCCAGUGCCUCCGAGUUUCGUGCCCUGGUGCAAGAACUCACCGGCCAAGACGCCCAGUCGCCGCCAGACCCCACACGCCUCCACGCGCUCGAUUCCUCCGAUGAUUCCUCUUCCGACAAGGUUACCAAUGUUGAUGACCACGUUCUCCCUCUCCCUCAGGAUCCCAAUGAUUCCGUACAGCAUCAGCAGCUACUACAACAGCAACCCUCUUCUUCAUUUGAGGCUCUGGACGACGAUGUUUUCACACCCCAGAUGAUAGAGAGCAUUUCCUCCCUGCUUCCUCCAAGUCUAUUCUAUGAAUCUCCCCAUCUUAAUCACUGGGCAUUGGGUUGUGGGGUUUUGGAUGCUUUAGGAAUGUGCAUGGUUGCUAGCUUGAUUCUUACCUUCCUUGGAAGGGUUUUGCACAGAGGCUCCUCGGGGGGAUUUUUCUCUUUACCCUUGUGGAUGGAUAAGUAA